ACCCUUCUCUCUGAUCUACAGUGAGACUCGUAAUCAAUGAACGUAUCGAUUUUGUUGGCAAUCUAACAUGCCACACAGAGCGUGAAAAGCAACAUACCAUUACACAGCGAGACCUUCGCCUGGCGGUACGUACUGGAACUCAGCUGAAAAUUUGUUGUGUGGUACCAGUGGAAUACCCUUUACCAAGCUCCAUGCACCUGUCGUCCGAGUACCGACUCCGCAGACAGCAAAAAUGGGGAAAACGGCGGUUCUACUUUUGGGACUUUUUACGGGAUUAGUUUCUCUGACACUACAAGCAAUCUCUCUUGGAACUGAAUAUUGGUUUGAGGGAACAGUGAGGAAUACUAGCCUACAUUUAGUGAAAGACUAUUACAAUGUCACGGUUUUAGAACUACACGAGAUUCCAGUUUUACCACAGAAAAGAGGAUUGUUUAGUUAUUGUGGUUAUCAUUACGAACAUAAUGUUUCUUCCACACAAGUGCCUUCUCCAUCCAGUGAAAACUUCCAGGAAGGAUUCAACCCUUCCGAUGUUGUAGUCAAAUGUGUAACAUAUAAUUUUACACAAAAACCAAAUCCUGAUCUUCCUGGCUUGGGCUAUCACAGAACAUUAUACUAUUUGGACCGAUCAGCAGCCGGUCUAGGAUGUGUAAUGAUGGGUCUUCAGCUAUGUGGUGUGUUAACGAGCUGGCAAGCAGCGUGGACAGUCAUCACCGUCCUAUUCACAGAUUGUGGCACCAUGUUCAUGUUUGGAUCAUUGAUGGGCCUGACAUCACUACUCCUAAUCAUUGCCAGCCACCAAUAUGAAAUCAACGAGAGACCAAGUGUCCUGCCACCGUACCCCGAAGACUAUGUCCUAGACUAUUCUUGGUCCUUCUACCUAAGCUGGGCUUCUUUAGGACUCUGCAUUGCAAGCGGCAUCAUGUUCCUUAUGGUAGCGCGGCAAUGGCAUCUGGAGGAGGUCUGGUUUAAGAAGUCGCUGGAGGAGGAGAAGAAACGGUUGCCGCAGCAACGGUAUUCCCGGUCGAAGCUGAUACCAUCGUUCUAAUGAAGACCCGCCAUUAUCAGCUGUGUUUGGUAAAGCAGGGUUUGUACUCAUUUAAGAUCCAGGAACCGUUAAAUAGUCCCUAUCUCUUUCAUAUCCAUGAUCCCAAAGAAGAGCUUUAUAAUGAUGUACUUAUGCUUUGUACGUGAUGUAGUACUUCCUACCUAAUCUACUUCAAAUAAUGCAAUGCAAAAGAUGCAUGGAAUACAAGUUAUAUUUUGAUAAAUCUAUUGGAUGAAGUUUAAAAAUAAAGUUUAAAAAAUAAAAAUGUUCCCUUUGUCGCUAUCGAUUAUUGCAAAAGUAGUGAUGCACUUUGAAGAAAUGCAGUUACAUAGUUGUUGGUGUAUUUUGGCUUUGAAAUAUUAAAUAUUAAGUUUAGAGAGUACCAAAGUGAUGAUGUUGCAGUUUAUUUUUGCAUUUCACUUUUUUCAUAGGGGAGAACCAGGCCAUUAAUACAUUGACUUUAAUCAGGUUAAUUACACUGUGUAUUCAGGGGUUUAUUAUGUAUUCAUGUGGUCAUAUCUCAGGCCUGUUGAACUAAUUCCUACCAAAUUUUGACUGCAGGUUUUUUUCAUCACACCUAUGAAAGCUGAUAUUGAAACUAUGAAGUGCAAAAUCUGUUGUUUUUUGUUGAUGAUGCCACACUUUGGAACUCUGGGGUUUUUAGGGAAAAGGAAAAAUAUUAUUUCCAUGACUUUUGGUGAUACUUUGAGGAACCGAGGUUUUGUCUAUUUUACUUAAAAAAAAAUUACCAGCUUUCUUAUCAUAUACCAGCUUUCCAAGACUGUUCUUUUUUAAGGAAAUCUCAGUUAGAAUAUUAAGGACAUUCAAUUAUUUCUCAUAUAUGUUCACAAAAUAUGCAAAUAUCAUCAAGUAUAAUAAUCAGGCUCUUUUCAUAACCAACAAGUGUUGAUAUUAUAGCCAAUAAGAACAAAAUUUUUUAAAAAGGAACAAAAGUUAGAGACCAAGUGCAAUGAAUUCCAUGAAUCUUUUAUUUUGACAACAUAAACUUUCAUUGAUUUUUUGAAACCAUGCCAAAUUUCUCAACUUGUGGUUUCAACGUUUAAUUACCCCUUUAACAUACAUGUAAAAAUGAAUGAGAAUUCUCCUUUAAAAAUAUUUGCUUGAAAUACUAUUUUAAACUAAAGAAUAAUUUUUACUUUUUUUUCAUUUUUGUAUCCACAGAAACAUUUCCAUGAUUUACAACCAGCAUUAUUAUGCAAAGAUAUUUUUUAACUUUGUGAUUCCUGAAUUAUCACAUCCUUAUCAGAAGGAAGUAUGUUCCAAAACAAGAGUAAUACUUGCGCUUUGACAAAUACUUAAAACAACAGAAAGUAGGUACUAGUAUUUGAAUGUUAGCUCUAUCCCACCCCAGGUGUGAUGUAGUAAAGCAUCUAAAGGCCAGCGCACACCUUUCGAUUGAUCUGCGACCCAAUUUUGGAAUAAAACAUUUGAUAGAAUGUAGAAUAAUAGAAGAAUAGUAGAAUUUGAUGCUAAUAUUGAAACAUAGAGUUUAUUACCAAGUAGCAUUCUAAAUCCUCUAUGUUCAAAUCUUUGACUUUACCAUCAUCCUUAAUAGAAUAAAUGCAAAUUCAAUAUCAAGGCGUGAUGACGUCAUAACAGUCCUACGAUUGAAACUAAUUUGGCCUACACUCCAUAAUAAAGGCUUGCAAUUAACCAAAAUUGUUAUAUUUAGUAUUCUUUGAGUUAAUUUGCACCUCAAAUAAACAGAUAUUCUCAUUCACAUUUUCAGAAAAUGAGCAAAAUGUGAUUUGUUCCAAAAUGGGAUCGUGGACCAGUUGUAAGGUGUUCGGUGGCCUCAGUGCAUCGAAUGUUUUUACUGGAUGAUUCGUGUGUUGAUACAUUGGGAACCAGCCAGAUCAGGGAGAUGUUUCCUGUUUUAUGGCAAUUAUGUCAACUUUACUUGAAUUGUAACCACAGUGGAAACCUUGAUUGUGAUUGGCUGUUGAGCCCUGUUACCAUGGUAAUUGCUGUAAUUGCAAAGUUACAUAACUCUUUAUGAAACAGUCCCCAAGGCUCAGUUUCAUGACAAUUAUGGUAACUCUACCAAAAUUACAAACUGCCAACAGAAACCCAAAUUUUGAGCGGCUGCAAGGCCCCGUUACCAUGGUAAUUUGAUAACCAUUCUGGUGUAGCUACAACAAUCUUGAGUUUGUUUAUGAAACCAGCCCCAUUAGUCAUUGCGUUAAGCUUUGAACAAUGUCACUUUGACCAAGUAUUCAAACGUCAAUCAGAUGUUAGUAUUAGAUAUUCCACAUAACCAAUGUCUUUCUCUUACGCUGAAUUUUUGACAAGAUUGUAACCAAUGUUGUCAUAUCGAAAGUUGUGUGAUUGCUAUUUUGUGUUGUAUAAACUUGUUUUGACCUACAUGUAGUUAGGGGUACUUUAACAGCAAUACCAUAGCAGGCUGAAGUAGUGAAGGCAAUAUAGACAUGUUUUUCUAUGGAAUGGUGUUCGAUGAUGUACAUUUUAAACAUUAGUUUAAUAUCAUGAUGACUCAUGUAUCGUGCGAAAGAGGUUAAAUACUAAAUAAGAUUUUGCAGCUGUUUAAAUGGUUUUAAAAGACAAAAUGUCAUUUAGUGCAGAUUAAUUCUUUU